AUGGAGGCCAGCGUAACACCAGCAUGGAAGGCACAAGCGCGUACACACGCGACCGCCAUUUCUACCGCUUCCACCGCUAACUCCUCCCUCGCGGCUUCAGCUUACGUGUCGUCCGCCGUGCCGAAGGCGCACCACCACCACAGCCAACGACGCGGCGCCGGCUUUCUCUGCCCGCGCUCGCGGAUCGUUUACAUGCGCGCACCGUUCACGCGGCCACACAGGCGGCACGUUCCUAGCGUGCUCGUACCGUCGCGGUCGGGGAGGCGCGGCCGCGGAGACGGCCUUAAAUGCGAUGUGUUAGUGCCUGGGUGUCCUUCUCCCGGCGAGCUGAGUGAAGGGGAGGGGGAGAAUUCGCGCGGACCGGACGGGCUCCGGUGGAGGCGCGGGCAGAGGGGCUCGGCGCGCAGCGAGAAUUUGGCGGUGGAGCAGCAGGCGGAAGAAAAACCCGAUAAUUGGGACUUUGUUGGGUCAAGUGGCGAUUCUUCGGGUUCUGGAGACGAGGGUUCGAAUCCUCACAAGUUCACAUUUUCGGCGGAGAACAGUGUGAUGGUGGACCAAGUGCGAAUGCUACAGCACAUUCACUCCUGCGCGCACGCGGAAGAGGAGCUUGCGGGAGGGGAUGCAAGGGGGAUAAUGCGCGCGACCGCCGGGGGGAUGAAGCCGCGCGUGCUGAAAGCAAGCACGCCGAUUCGUGAUAUUUAUAAGUCGGAAGGUCCUAUUGACGAGGAUGUGGUGUGCAUGCAGGCUGACUGGCCGCUGACGUGGACGCACAUCACGCUCGCGACUGGCGUAUCGGUGGGCUCCGGAAUUGCCGGGCCCGAGGACGUCACGAUGCUGACUCAGGCGACAACUUGCACCGCCAUUCUAUGCUUGCAGGGCGAGGAGUCCUUGGAGUCGUUCGGAGUUAACUGGAAGGCCGUUCAGGAGCAGGCAGAGCAGUGCGAUGUAGCCAUGUUCCGCGUUCCCGUGCCGGAAUUCGACCAGCAGAAGCAGGUUGCUGGGAUGGUGGAGGCGGUGCGUCUCCUUGCGUCGCUGCUGGUGACUGGUCACAGGGUCCAUGUGGCAUGCGCUACAGGGAAGAACUGCAGCCCGCUGGUCGUGCUCGGCUACCUGACGUUCUUCCAGGGCCUAGCAUGGAGCGAGGCCAAGGCCAUGAUUGUUGACAGCGUGCCAUCCGCGGACCCCUCGCACGAGGCAUGGGAGCAGGCUCGUCUCGUGCUGUCAGCAGCGGACGGGGUGGGCGCACACAGGAUGACGGAGCUAGCAGAGGAGCAGUACCAGCGGCGCAUCGAGCAGGGCGCGGGCGCGGAGGGCGGGGGGCAGACGGCGAGGGACGACUGGGAGGAGGCGCAGAGGCGACUCAUCACUGAGACUCUCCAGCACAGGGUGUCCGCUGACGUCACCAUCUCCCAGUCGCUCUCCAAGGCGGCAUCUCGCCAGGCGUCAUCCCCCAAGCCACGGGAGGUGCAGCCGAGCUUCCCUCCUGUGGUGGACUCGCAGAUGGCGCCUCCACUGGAAACGCCCUUCCAGCAGCAGCCGCACAUCCUUGAUUCAGUCUACUCGUUUGUCAACGACCACCACUCUCAUGCAUGGCCCCUCGCUGCCCCGCCUCCCGCUGACACGCCUCCUGCUCUUGAGGAGGGUGUACUAGGGGAGGGUGUUCUGGAGGGGGAGGGUGUGCUGGGGGAGGUGUCAUCUGGAGUGGAGGAGCGCAUUGCACUGCUGGAGCAGAAGCACCUGGCGGCCAUGGCUGCUGCUCGGUCUGCUACAGAACAGGUGCGAUUCUACUUCCAGCACAUGAGUGAGCUGAGGGAGAGCGAGACAGCAGCUGCAGCAACGACACCUCACGUGAGCGAGCUGAGGGAGAGCGAGACAGCAGCGCGCAUGGAGGCAGCAGCAGCACACGAGCGCAUAGCCCUGCUCACCGCCCAGGAGCGAGAGAGGGAGCUUUUAUCGGCCCACGAAGCAGCAGAGGCGAAAGCACAGGCAGCAGAGGAGCGGGCGGCUGACUUAGCUAACAGAAUCGCGCAGAUGGAAGAAAUGGAAGCAGCAGCAAAGGAAGCAGCGGCGGUGGCUUUGGAGCGAAUGCAAGCACUGGCCGAACAGGUGAAGGAACUUUCUGAGAAGGAGCGCGCGGCCUCCGCACGGAUGGGCGAGAUGGAGACGCGGCUGGAGGAAGCUUCCGAGAAAGCGGCGGCGGAUCACGACCUGAUGGUGAAACUGGAAGACCGGGCAGAACGGGCAGAAAAAGAAGCGAGGAAGGCCCAGGAGGCGCUGGGAGCGGCCAACGAGCGAGUGAAAUUUUUCUUCCGGGUGAUGAGAGGGCUGCGGGAUAGGGAGCGAGCGGCGAAGGAAGCGAUGCACGCUGCGACUGACCGGCUUGAAGCUGCUGUGACUGAAGCAGAGAAUCUCCGGAGGAAGGACGAGUUGAUGCGGGAGGCGUGGGCGGUGGCGAGUGAGCGGAUUGAGCUGCUGACGCGGCAGGUGCAGCAGGUGGAGGGGUUGAAAAUGGAGGUGAAGCGAGAAGCGGUGGAUGCUGCGAAGGUGUUCUUGCAUGAGAGUGAUGAGCACAGGCUGAUGGCUGCUAGGGAGGAGUUGAGUGCGGCGGAGGAGAGAGAGAGGAUGCUGCAGGCGCAGUUGGAGAGGCUGGGUGCUGAGCUGGCGGCGGCAAGAGAUGACAUGGCGGAAAGGGAUGCCAGGCUGGCGGCGGUGGCUGCUGAGGUGGCGGAGAGGGAGCGGGUGGUGGAGGAGAGCCGGGCGGCGAUUGGGGCGGCGGAGAAGAGGAUUAAGGAGCUGGAGGAGCAGGUGGGGGUGGCGGAGGAGAGGGAGAGGAAAGCCAAGAGGGAGGCUGAGGAGGCAGAGGCGGUACUAGCUGCUGCUCUGGCUGCUGCCGAGACGAAAGACCGAGAGAAUACCCUCAUGGAGACGCCUCAGAAGACUGCUGCAGCUGCAGCAGCUGGAGCUGUUUCCGCUGUUGCUGCUGCUGGUGGUGCCAGCAGUGCUGCCGGUGCAGCAGCGAGCGGUGCAGCAGAUCAGCUGAUAGCCCGCCUGCAGUCGCAAGUGGCUGCCAUGUCCAGUGAGCUUGAAGGGGCCCGCAACGCCGCUGCUGCUGCGAGCGAACGGAGUGCGUUCCUCAUGCGGCAGGUGGCUCGGCUGAAGGGGACUGCUGCUGCUGACGCUGUGUCUCGGUCCCAGGGGGGUUCAGGAGGAGGGAAAGGGGAAGGGUCGAGCUCGAAACACAGAGUGGCGGCUUUAGAGGUGGAGAUUCGAGCGUUGGAGAAGCGCGAACGGGCAGCGCGGGCAGAAGCGGAGGCGGAAAAGGCCCGGGUGCGGGAGCUUGCGGCGCAGGUCGGGCAGCUGGAAAGCAAGGAGCGGGCAGCCCGGGAGAAACUUCAGUCGUCGCAGGACCGGGUGGGGUUCUUCCUGCGUCAGGCUGUGGAGCUGAGGGAGAGGGAGGGCGCGAGUAAGAGCGCGCUAAAAGAGACUUUUAAGAAAGUGGAGGGGUUGUCGCACCAGGUGGGGCUGCUGCAGGGGGAGUUGGUGCGGGCGAGCAAGGAGUCUGGCAAGUCUACAGAUGCUGUGGAGCGGCUGCAGCUGCUGACCAUGGAGCUGAAAGAAAAGAUCCACGAGACGUCUCGAGUGGCCAGCAGCAUCAAGAAGGUCCCUGGCUCGUCAAAAGUCAAUGGAUUCGAACGGUCGGGGGCAGGGCUUGGGGUGCUCAAGGCUCCUGAGCUCACUGCUUCAAAUGCUGCUGCUGCUGCUAGCAAUGCCUCUAGUAACGGAGCUGCUAGUGCUGCUGCUUCGAAAGGCGUGAUAACAGGAAAGGGGAAGGAGAAGGAGAAGAAGGAUGAUGACAAUGAUGACUUCCCUGGAGGGUCAGGCAGUGGGGGAGGAGGGGUAGGGGGACGAGGAGUGUCAGCUCAAGGGAAGGCAAGCAGCAGUGGCUCUCGGGCAGGCUCUCCCUCCUUUGGUGCUCUGUCCCAAGCCUCGUCUCUCCGAGCCUCCCGCCAAACCGCCCUCGCCUCCGUGGCGGCCUCCCAUUGGCCGUUCCAAUCGCUGCCCGUUUACGCUGCCCCGGUUAGUGCCUCUUCAGGCCACAAAAGGAAGGGAGGGAAAGAGAAGGACGGGAAGGGAGGAGAAGAACCCGGGUGGUGGUCGGACCAAUCCCAGUCCCUGAAAGCAGAUGAUGCGUCUCCUGCCGCCCUCUCUCCCUCUUCCCCCACCUCUCCUCUGGAUUCGUUUCGAAAAGCCCUCACCACACUGGCUCUCCCCAUCCCCUUCCACCAACUGGGAUUGAGGAAAAGGGGGUCUGCGGACCUUGUAGCAGGAGAGCCUGCACCAGAAGGACCUUCCCCAGGUAAUGCCGAAGGUUCCGGGCGGAGGGAAGGGGGUGAGUGGGGAUGGGUGGCUGCGGCAGCGCUGAGCCAGUCGGUGCAUAGUUCCACCGAGAUGGCAGUAGACCCCCGCACAGAGGCCCCUCUAGCAUCCACUCUGCAUGCUUCACCUCCUUCCAGUGCGUUGCCCCGCCCACGCACUGGCUUGGAUUUCCUUACGGGGGGGGGUUUCACCCCUACUCCAGUCCCAGCUGCUGCUGUUGCUCCUUCGGCCUGUCAGAAUGAGAAACUCGAUUCUGCCGAGCAGCCGUACCCUUUCGCUGAGAUGGAUGCCGAGCCGCUCAUACCAUUUUCACCCGAAGAUGGAGGGGAGCGCCGCGGGUCCGAGAAUGCCGGACCGAAGAUUCUGUCGCUAGAGGAGCUGCAGCUAAAAGCCAAGCAGCAGUGGAGCCACCACUUCCCUUGGCUCAUCAUCGGUGACACCGCCGAAGGUCGACCUUGCAUGAGGUGCAAGAUCUGCAUGGUGUACGCGGAUCCUGAGUCACAGUACGGCGCUCGGGGCGAGGGAGGCAUCGACAUACAGAAGCAGACGAUGAGGAAGCAUCAGUGGAGCAUCCGGCACCGGGAGGCGAAGGACCGAUUGGAGCAGCGUGAAGCCCCGCAGAAGAGGCUGGCAUCUAUCUUUGGAGAUAAGAGUAUGGUUUCAAGCAGUUGGUCGAAACGCUGGGAGGCUCUGGCUGCUAAGGAUGCGGCUGAAGAAUUUCCCGAGUUCAAUGUCGUCGACAAAGUCGUCCGGUCUUUCGCGGACAUUCUCGGCCGCAGCAUAGUGCAGCAUGCGCGAUUCAAGAAGCUGCAGGAGGUCAUCACAGAGACCAACCUGGAGAUGCAAGGCAUUAAGGACGUCCGCUGGCUGUCGCGCGGGGACGACAUCCAGCGCUUUGCAGACGUCCUGCCUGCUGCCGUUGUCCUGCUGCAUGAGUACGACAAGACAACGUACACUCUUGUUACCAGUCUCAAGUUUCAGUUUUUCCUCUUCUUUCUGGUUGACAUGCUUCAGGAGCUGAACAGCGACGACAGGUAA